GGAAGUAUUUUUGAGAAAGGAAGGGAAAAGGAAGGACGUGAAACCAUGGCUGCUGUGGUCGCUGUUUGCAGUGGUCUAGGGAGGAAGAAGUUGCCAUACUGGGUAACGGCUGCUGUCUGCCUCACAGAUUCCGGAAUUUACACCGUGCUAUGGAGAAGAGGUUGUUCACAGGUAACCAGCAACGAGAAUCUGCCUGUUAAAAUGGAAAAUCCUUAUAAGGAACCUCUUAAGAAGUGUAUCUUGUGUGGAAAACGUGUGGAUUAUAAGAAUGUGCAGCUUUUGUCCCAGUUUAUUUCUCCAUAUACUGGCUGCAUUCAUGGGAGACAUAUAACAGGUCUUUGUGGGAAGAAACAAAAAGAAAUUUCAAAAGCAAUUAAGAGAGCUCAAAUCAUGGGGUUUAUGCCAGUUACAUACAAGGAUCCUGCAUAUCUCAAAGACCCUAAAGUUUGUAACAUCAAAUAUCGGGAAUAAAUUUUAUAAAGUUAUUAGCAA